AUGGACGAGUCCGGGGACGCCGGCAGGGGAGGGAGGGGCGGCGGGAGGUCGAGGCAGAAUGGGGGCCGCUCGUCGGUCCGGCUCGGCGUGCGGAUGGAGUUCAGGUUCUCCGGCUUCCACGCCGUUCAGGUACCAGUAGUAUCAGACAGGCUGCUCAUUACAAUCACGUCAGUAGACAGUGGAAAAACAAUUGCCAAGUCAAGUAAAGCGGCUGCUAUUAAUGGAGCCUGUCAAUGGCAUGACUCCAUCCUGCAUGCAAUUCGGUUUCCUAAAGAUGAAGUGUCACAAGAAUUUCAGGAGUGCCAGUGCAAGAUUGUUGUUUCCAUGGGAUCAACAAGAACUGCUGUUCUUGGGGAAGCGUACCUAAAUCUGACGAACUAUCUCAGUUCAUCAGACUCCACUGACAUCUCUUUGCCAUUGAAGAAUUGCAAUUCUGGCACAGUUUUACAGCUUAAGAUUCAAUGUCUUGGCGCAAAAUCUAAAUCAAGUGGGAAAUCAUGGAAAGGGCUAUCUUCUAAUCUUAAGGAGAGUCCAACCAAUGAUGAGAUGGACAAAAAGGCAGACGUCUUUGACAUUCUGUUGAAGUUGAACAAGGGUGCUCAGUCUUUGUCAGAAAAUAAUUUAGAAGCUGAUAAUGCAGAUGAAUCUGGAAAUAGGGAUGCAAGUUUCUCAGAAUCAAAGUCUCAUGGUGAUGAUUCAUCCAAAAAUCACCUUGACACCGCCGAAGAAAAACUUGAGGAGUUACGUAACGCGGCAAAAGUGUGGGAGAGACAUUCUCGCAAGUUGAAAAUUGAACGGAAGACAUUGAAGAAUGAGUGUGCUGACAAAUCCAAGCAGCAGGCUGAGCUAGAACGGCAACUUUCUGCUUCACUUUCUGAACAGGAUUCCUUGAGGCAAGAAAUUGAACAAGUAACAGCCCAACUGAACAAGACUCAAGAGACCAAUAUAGAGCUUGUUUCCAUUCUCCAAGAACUGGAAGAAACGAUAGAACUGCAGAGAGUGGAAAUGUCCAAACUUCCCCAAGUGAGUGAUGUGGCUGAUCACGAGGUCUCCAAAAGUGAAUCGACAGUUCAAGAAGCUGCAGAAUGGGCUAGAAUACUGUCACAAAAAGAAGAUGAAAUCACAGUGUUGAGGGAGAAACUGAACCGUGUUCUCAAAAUGGAGAAUGCAGAUGGUGCAGGCCCAGAUGUUAUUUAUCUUGAAUUGGAAAAAGAAAAUGAUUUUUUGAAGGUCAAAAUACAGGAGCUUGAGAAUGACUUUUCUGAAUUAACGGAGGAAAAUUUCGGGCUUAUAUACAAGUUGAAAGAAGCGAGUGGGGUGGCGAAAGAAGAGGAUCCCUGCAUUUCUAAUAGUGAAGAAAUGCCCACCGUGGGGAGCCCAACAUAUAAGAUAAAACACCUAGAGAGAAAAUGUGCUGACCUUGAGUUGAAUCUGGAGAAUUUUAGGUCCAAGUUCAGUGGGCUAGAAGAGAAGUUCCAGAAAAGCCAAGAGGAGUUAAAAGAGAGAACACUUGAAUUAUCUGAGCUGAGGGAAAAGCUCUCCCAUGCCACUGAACUGGAAGGGGCUGACACUGGUAGUUCAAGACAUUAUAGACUGAGAAGUGGAGAACCUGAUGAUACUGAAACUGACUUAGAUGUGUUGAAGCGUACAGUUCAGCUGAAAGAACAAGAGAUCGAUGGUUUGCAACACUGUACGAGAGAAAUGGAGAACACCAUUGCUGAUAUUCAGAAAGAGAAGAGUCAGUUAGAGGAACGUUUGGCAGCAUCACUUCAAGAAAGUAGCAUGACUUCAAAAUGCUUGGUUGAAGCGCAUGAAGAUCUCGUGCUUACCAGCAGUGUAGAUUCCCAUGUUUCUUCCAAUGAGGUCCUCGAAACAAAGAUCAGUGAGCUUGAGCGUACAGUUCAGCUGAAAGAACAAGAGAUCGAUGAUUUGCAACACUGUACGAGAGAAAUGGAGAACACCAUUGCUGAUAUUCAGAAGGAGAAGAGUCAGUUAGAGGAACGUUUGGCAGCAUCACUUCAAGAAAGUAGCAUGACUUCAAAAUGCUUGGUUGAAGCGCAUGAAGAUCUCGUGCUUACCAGCAGUGUAGAUUCUCAUGUUUCUGCCAAUGAGGUUCUCGAGACAAAGAUCAGUGAGCUUGUGCGUACAGUUACGCUGAAAGAACAGGAGAUCGAUGAUUUGCAACAUUGUGCGAGAGAAAUGGAGAACACCAUUGCUGAUAUUCAGAAGGAGAAGAGUCAGUUAGAGGAACGUUUAGAUUCCCAUGUUUCUGCCAAUGAGGUUCUCGAAACAAAGAUCAGUGAGCUUGUGCGCACAGUUAUGCUGAAAGAACAGGAGAUCGAUAGUUUGCAACAUUGUAGGGGAGAAAUGGAGAACACCAUUGCUGAUAUUCAGAAGAAGAGUCAGUUAGAGGAACGUUUGGCAGCAUCACUUGAAGAAACUAGCAUGACUUCAAAAUGUUUGGAUGAAGCGCGAGAAGAACUCCUUGUGCUUACCAGCAGUGUAGAUUCCCAUGUUUCUGCCAAUGAGGUUCUCGAAACAAAGAUCAGUGAGCUUGUGCAUACAGUUAUGCUGAAAGAACAGGAGAUCGAUGGUUUGCAACUCUGUACGAGAGAAAUGGAGAACACCGUUGCUGAUAUUCAGAAGGAGAAGACUCAGUUAGAGGAACGUUUGGCAGCAUCACUUNAAGAAAGUAGCAUGACUUCAAAAUGGUUGGAUGAAGCGCGGGAAGAUCUCCUUGUGCUUAGCAGCAGUGUAGAUUCCCAUGCCAAUGGGGUUCUCGAAACAAAGAUCAAUGAGCUUGUGCAUACAGUUAUGCUGAAAGAACAGGAGAUCAAUGGUCUGCAACAUUGUACGACAGAAAUGGAGAACACUAUUUCUGAUAUUCAGAAGGAGAAGGAUCAGCUAGAGGAACGUUUGGCAGCAUCACUUGAAGAAAGUAGCAUGACAUCAAAAUGCUUGGAUGAAGCGCGAGAAGAUCUCCUUGUGCUUACCAGUAGCGUAGAUUCUCAUGCUUCUGCCAAUAAGGUUCUCGAAAGAAAGAUUAGCGAGCUUGAAAGCCGCGAAGUUGAACUAGAGUUGCUUGUAACAAAGCUGGAACAAGAGAAUAUUGAGUUUUCCGAGUUCAUAUCUGAACUAGAGUCUCAGUUGACUUCUCUCACAAGUGAAGAGGAGGCAACCAGGCUAGAAAUGGAUUAUUCUAUAUCACUUAUCGCAAAUCUUAAGGAUUUAGUAGAACAGCAGCAAGCAGAGAUGGAAGCUCAAAAGCUGGAAAUGAAGCAAAAGCAUUUGGAGUCCCAAACUAGAUUGUCAGAAGUACAAGAGGAUUCGGAGGCUCUAAGAAGAUCAAAUGCAAAACUACAGGCCACAAUUGAUAGUGUUGCUGAAGAAUGCAGUUCUCUUCAGACUCUAACAGCUGACCUAAAGAAGCAGAAGCUGGAAUUACAUGACCAUUGUGCACAGCUGGAGCAGCAAUUAGAUCAAUCAAAAAGGAAGACAAUGGAUUUGUUCGAAACAGCAGAGUUCCUAGAGGCAAAACUCUCUACGCUUCAAAAAGAGGUAACUUUAAAAGAGCAAUCUUUGCUUUCAGAGCUGGAGAAUAUAUUCCAGGAGCACAAGGAACACGAAGAAAGGAUAAAUAGUGCACAUUUCCUUUUACACAAGAUAGAGAACGAAAAGAUUGGUGAAGUGAAGAAUCUUGAGAGGGAGGUCAUGAGCCUUACUGCACAGCUGUCCUCCACAGACGGGGAGAAAGACAGUGCCGCCUUGGAUAGCAUACAUGAGGUCUCCAUCCUGCGAGCAGACAAGGCCAAACUUGAGGCUAACCUUGAAGAUGUCAGUGCACAAAUGAGACAUUAUCAGUCUCAGUUGGAAGAUCUUCGUACAGAGUCUAAAACCAAAAUUAAAGGCCUGAUUGAUUCGCUGAACGCAUCCAAACAUAAUGAGGAAACGCUGACAACAGAUGUUGAGCAUAUGACAAGAUUGAUGGAAGCUGCUAGAUCCAAUGAAGAAAACUUAAGGAAAACUUCAGACGAACUAGAGUUGAAGUAUAAAUCCAGUGAUUAUGAGAAACAGGAAGUAAUGGAGGAAAUUUCUGGACUAAAAAUCCAGGUUAGCAAAAUGGCAAGCAUCCAAGAUGAAGUUUUCAAACUACAAAGUUCUCUUGAUCAGGCUAAGUUUGAAAAGACAAAAUUAGAAGAGCGUCUGCAGUCACUAUCUGAAGAAUGUGAAGAACUAAAGGUGCAGAAGGCCAUGUUAACAGACCAAGUCUCUUGUAUCCAGAGUACUUUGCAUGAUGCCGAUGAAGAAAAUCGUCGUAAAUCCACUCAAGCAAAGCUUGUAGUAAAUAAGGGUAAUGACGACGCUGCUAAUGACAAUGGAGGUACUCAUGUUAAUGAAGAUCUAGACAUUCACUCAAAGCUAGAAUUACUGGAGACUAGACUUGCUGAUGCAUUGGAGGAAAAUAAAUCAUAUAGGGCGCAGCUGCAAAGUCCAACGGGAGAGGGACAACUCGGUAGCAGGGAUGAAAAGGAUAACAAGGAUGGGAACAGGAUAGCACAACUGGAGUCAGAGCUAAAAGAUAUGCAGGAUCGGUUACUCAACGUGAGCAUGCAAUAUGCAGAAGUGGAGGCUCAACGAGAAGAACUAGUUAUGGAGUUGAAAAGUGCAACUGCAAGGAAGGGACGAUGGUUCUAGGGGAUGACGAGCAACUGUGUGCCAUAACCGUAAGGCCCACAGUCCACAGUACAGGACAUAUUUUGUCGACGUCGGAGGGUACCGGCAUUCCCAGACAACCACCGUGCAAGAGCUGAGUAAUUCCAAGCAAGUGCAGAACUGGAUAUGUGCUCUGAGCUGCACCGGAAGCUGUGCCCCCAAAAGAAUAAAAUGCUCAUGGUUCUCACUUCUCAGGUCUCAGUGAUGAAGCAAUCACAUGGCAACAACCAUUCACAGUUAGCAGUUGGGAGGCCCUACUACACUUAGUCUCAACCGAUUAUUAGUUAUCACAACUUCACAAGCAUAUGUGGUGCUAGGGGAUAGCCUAAAAUUCAUCGGUUCAUAUAACCACACAGACCACUCUUCCCUUUACACAGAGUGACAGAGCCAACAUAACCGUUGGUUAGUUCAUCUUUGUAGAUUAAUCAACUGCUGAUAAGUGUAGUUUUUCUUGCUGAAUUGUAUAGUUGGUCACGUGAUAUCCUUUUGUAGGCUAAUGUUCUUUCACAUGUAAUAUAAUACUCACUCCGUCCCAAAAUAAGUGUCUCGACUUUAGUACAACACAAAGUUGAGAAACUUAUUUUGAGAUGGAGGGAGUAUAUGCACAUAGUCUGUCGAUUACUUUGUUAUUCGCUUUUUGAGGACAGUAUUCUGUCGAACACAAUUUGGCAUAUAGCUUCUCUGAUUGAAUGUGACAGUGGGACCCAA